GCUGAGUUUCCAUGGAAGCGGUCGGCGUAGGAUCUUCUCUCUCGAUCUCCGACUAACUCAACUGCGGAUGACUGUGUGAAUCAAGUCUGGAAUGGAAUGUAGCUCACCUCAAAACUCAUGAUGAGCUCCUCUGCAGAUGAUACCCACUCAAGGAAUGGCAAGAAAAAGAAGAAGAAAGGGAAGGUGGGGAAGGUCUACCCCAUGCACCCGGUCGUCAACGGCAAGGGAAGCGAUCGGGAGAUCCUCAUCGAUCAGAGAUCGGGGAAGGAUAAGGACCUGCUGGAAACCACCACCAAGAGGAAUUCAGCAGCCAACGUCAUUUCCAAUUAUCAGAUGGUGAAGAAAGGGGUGGAGAAAUUCAAAGGCUUGAAGUGCGGCAGGAGGAGUACGGCUGGUAUCUCUUCAAGUCUCAGAGACAAUGCGAAAAAAUUUACUUUAGUCCGUGGGAUCGAUGCCAGUAUUUCGCCAGACCCGCUCAGUGCUAACGUUGCCAACGCAGAGCUGAUUGGCUAUUUUGGACACCUAGCGACAUCAAGUGAUGCUAACUUGAUGAUAGAUUUGGAGUAUUUGGAAUUGAUACUGAAUAGAGGAGCUGAUAUCAACUGUACAGACAAGUAUGGCCAGACAGCACUUCAUGAGAUUUCCAGAACCUGGGAUCCUGACAUUGCCGUGUUUAUGAUUGAGAAGGGAAGCAAUGUGAACCAGGCAGAUCUGUAUGGCCGGACCCCUCUCCAUGUGGCCGCUGCUGUUGACUUUCCUGAAAUGAUUAAAGUUCUACUUGACAAUGGAGCAUACCUGGAAAGCCUGACAGAGAAGGAACAGCAGACACCUCUCCACUACGCUGCGCGGAACGAUGCCUGUGAGAGCAUGAGAAUUCUGCUAAAGAAAGGCGCAGACAUUCACGUCCGAGAUUACAAAGGGCGUACACCGCUCUUGCUUGCUGCAGAGCUAGAUCGUAGCGAGACAUCACACCUCUUAUUAGAGAUGGGAGCCAGGGCAUACGAUGUUGAUCGUACAGGUCACACCGCCCUCCAAGUUAUGGUCACCAAAAUGCCAGCUGUGGCUAAGGAAGGUCUGAAUCAGCUGUAUCGAUGUGAUCGAGCCAAUCGUAAGCAGUACUAUGAUCUCCACCUCUUAGAACCUCUACCACUUGAUUCAGGAAUAGAGGUCCCAGCACGCACCGUGCUUCAGAGCAUAGUCCUGUAUAAUCAGUUGGAGCUUAUCAUGCACCCGGUCUGUCGUCAGCUCAUAGAGGUCAAAUGGCAGAAGUUUGGAAGAACUGGAGCAUUCAAGCAGCUUGCCUUCAAUCUUCUAUUCAUCCUUAUGUGGACGGUGUUAGCCUGCAGUCUCAAGAAUCCAUUUGAAUACACAUUUCCACAAGACAUUUGGAGACUCAUUCUCGAGAUAUGCGGUGGUAUAUUGACCAUUUACCAGAUUGUCUUGGAACUCAAUGAGUAUUCAGACUCAAAAAAGAAAUUCAUUGCUUGGAGGAAUUGGCGUAUUACAGAGAUAGAGAAAGAUUUCAAGUUCUGCCAUCCCCAGUGGCCUCAAGAAAGGCAGUACUUGGAUCAAGAGGUCAGUGACAUCAAGGACCAGGCCCCAAGCUACUUCUCUGAUAAAUGGAACUUAUUUGAUUGGUUGAUCUACAUCUCACUGCUCAUCGUGACCCUCCUCCAUGUUGUUGAUAUCUUUGUGAAUGCGAGCGGUCUGAGUACAGCUACCCAGAACAUCUUUGCCAUCGUCAUCAUCUUUGUCUGGUUGAGGCUGAUGAAAAGUGUCAGAGCCUUUGUCAGAUUUGGACCAUUCAUUGUUAUGCUUGGCCUUAUUGCAAGUGACUUUGGGACCUUCCUCUAUCUAUAUGGAAACUUCUAUGUACCUUAUGCAUGUGCCUUCUGGAUGACUUAUGGAGGUAACAAUGGCACCAUCCCAAGCAUGAUGACAGUGGAUCAGCUCAUGUACAGUCUCUUUAGGAUCACACUCGUCGAUGAAUAUGAUUAUGAGGGCAUGCGACAGGAGAAUGUUUGGAUGACGUACAUACUGCUGGUGUCAUUCCUCAUGAUAUCAGCUAUCCUCUGUAUCAAUGUGCUCAUUGCCAUGCUCUCCAACACGUUCCAGAGGGUGUAUGACAAUGCCACAGCCAUUGCCAUCAUGCAGCAAACCAAGAUCAUCUUGAGUAUUGAAGAUGGUCUUGCAAAGAAGAAAAAGAGGAAGUACUUUGACUACAUCCGGGCAUUCUGCAGUCCGCAGAGCCUCUACUACGAUGACGACAUGACCUCGGAAGGAGGGGACGAUCUCAAGAAGAUGACCUUUCAAAUUAAGGAUUCUCUACAAGAGCUCGAUGAGUACAUCAGAGAAGAACAGCACCACGCCCACAACGGCAACAUAUCCAGCCUCAGAUCGGAGAUAGAGGAAAUGAAACAGUCACAUGAGAAAGAACUCAAGAAAGUCAACAGCGAUUUGAAGGUGGUCCAGGAACUCUUAAAAGCAGUCCUGGAACAGCGGUCAGAUCGAGGAGGAGGCGGGGAAGGUGGAGAUGGAGGCAUUCGUACAUUACCUACACUUUCUACCCAAGAGCCACCGUGGAAUGAUCCCCCUGGUAACCAAACCAACGAGCCUCGGCCAACCAUGGCCACCGGGAGUCCCCGCUUUGUUGGUCGGAGAGACACGGGAACUCCGAAGCCCCCACUCCUGGCUGAAGAUCUUAUGGAUGGUGGCCCAGUGGGAGCGCCACCCAAGACACCAGACUUGAGUGUUGAUGAUAUAGAAAGCAUAAGAGCCUUUAAAAAGGAAAGCAAAAAACAGCGCAAGCUGAGACAACAGCGGGAAGAAUACCUCCAGCUGCAGCUGAACUCCUUCGAUCAGCCGGGAGGGGCGAGGGUACCAGGUCAGGGGUCGGUGAAGCGGAAAGGGAAGUCAGGAACUCUCCCGGCGAUAAGACAGGAUGGUGAUGAAGGAGAUGAGGAAGCGCCCCCUGAGAGUCUGGUUGAUCUGGUUAGGAUGCAACCUUCAGUUUUGGUGAGAAUGCCUUCCAAUGAUUACAGUUUGACUCUGAGACACAAGGGGAUACACCCAAAUGCUGACGAAGUACAUCUCUCCUUGUGAUGAUCGCGUCUUGAAGACGCAUCACUCUCAAACCUGCCUACCUCUUCUAUCUAGACCAACCUUGCAAUGUAUCAAGGCCGUGCACAAUCAUAAUAGUCACAAGAGAUUGAACUCAUCGAUCUGAAGUCCAGUUUGAUAGGCCAUGGUCUA